UUAAAUCAUCGGAAUCUCUAUCAAAGAAACAGAAACUCAAAAAAAUCAAUUUUAAUAUUUUCUAUUCGAAUUUGGGUGUGUGAUUUUCAAAAGUGCGUUUGUACAUACAUAUUCUUUUGUAAAUACAAAUUAAUGCCUGCAGAAGGACUUUUGACAUCGUUCUCAAGUCUUCCAAGUUGCAGUGUGGUGCAGAUGUUGGAGUACAGUGAGCGAUGCGCUUAUAUACGAGGAUCCACAAAUUGCAAUCGUACUGGCAGCUUGGCAAACUAUAUUGAAAUUCUUUACUGCGAUUUGAAACCACAAAAUGAUACAGAACAAAUAUUAUGUUCUAUUCUAUUGAUGACCAUAUGCAUUCUUAUCUACAUAGUUCUGGGUUGCACCGUGGAAAAUUUUUUUUGUCCUGCUUUAAAAGUGGUGUCGAAAAUGUUGGGUUUAAACGAGCAUUUAGCGGGCGUAACGCUUUUGGCAUUUGGAAAUGGCUCACCAGAUCUUAUUGGUACUUUCUCAAAUCUGGGCGGCGGUGGACCCAUGUUUCCAGAUCUAUUUGGAGCUGGCGUCUAUGUGAUGCUUCUCGUCGCUGGAUUAAUAUUCGUUUUUUAUCCUUUUGAACUGCAGUGGAAUAACGUUUUGAGGGAUGCCUGCUUUUUGAGUUUCGGAAUCAUUUAUGUUGACUAUUGCUGCGUCUCGGAUGGAGUAGUUACACGUACUGAAGCUAUAUUGAUAAUGUCGGUAUAUAUAUUGUAUCUUAUGGUAAUAUUUAUUGAGCAGUUCUUGCUCAAACAAAGCGUUAAAUUGUUGCAAUCUAAGCUUAAGGAUCGAAAGUAUGCUACAGCUGCUAAUCUCAGCAAAUUGGAGCAAUUACGGGCAGAGGCUGGCAUAGAAAUUCUUGAUCGCACCUCACGAGUAUCCAUAGAUAUUAAUAGAACACGAACAAUGUCCUUUGACGCAAUAUUAAAUAAGCCAAAUAAAGACCUUGUCAAGCAGUUUUUGCAGUCGCUAAAUCCAAUACAAACUGUAGAAUGGGUAGAGAGUGGUACUGCAGGAAAGGUUUAUCUUAUAAUCACGGCGCCCGUGCUUUUCCUCUUGCAACUGUUUAUACCAGUUGUUGAUUAUGAGCACGACCGACAUGGUUGGUCAAAACUCCUGAACUCGUUUCAAAUACCUUGGGUACCGUUAAUUAUAAUAUAUACACUUGCAUCAAAUGUAUUUUUGUUCGGCAUACCGUUAUGUUGUUACACGUUACUAGUUACCAUACCCAUUACUGGUUACAUGUUGUACACAACACGCACGGAUAUUCCGCCAAAUUAUCACCACACUUUGGCAUUUUAUGGUGUUGCUUGUUCUAUUUUAAUAAUUUACUACUCCGCAAGUGAGUCAGUGGAAAUAUUGCGAGUUAUUGGUAUCGUGACUAACAGAAGUAACUCAUUCCUUGGAUGCACUUUACAAGCAUGGGGGAAUAGUAUUGGUGACUUGGUAUCAACUAUUGCUUUGGCCCGUCACGGCUAUCCGAGAAUGGGCUAUGCAGCUUGCUUUGGGGGACCAUUUUUUAAUUCCAUUUCGUCCUUUGGUGGUGUUUUUAUAUAUGAAACGUUUCGUUCCGAAUCACCUAUAUUUGUCCCCCAAGGUAGUUUGGGUGAAAACUGUGUUGUUUUCCAAUUCAUAGCGACCAUAUCGGUUUUAGUUUGGUCAACUUUAACGAACUUCUCUGCCCGUAGAAGUAUUGGAAUUUUUAAUUUCAUUCUGUAUGCGAUAUUUCUGGUUUUCGUUUUUUCGGGGGAAUUGGAAUUUAUUGAAACAUUUGCUCCAGAAAAGGAGGAAGAAAUCAUCGAUGCUUAAAAGUCUUCUAAAUAAUCAUAUAACUUAUGUAUUUAUGUAUGUGUGUUAUUGACAACAUAAUAAAUAUUAAUCAUAAAUAUUCAACUGA